AUGUCCUGUGACCAAUACCAAUCGCGGUACGGCCAUGCGCACUACACUCAUGACAGACGAUCGUCCGAGUAUGAUCAGCGCUUCACUCAUCCGCAGCUGUUCAGACAGGACAGCAUAGCGUCGUCCGAGGAUAUCGCCAUGUCUGAGGCCCUCACGCCCAGCCCACUCCCCCGCACGCCGCGCACAUUGCCCGGCGAUGUCGUGCUUUCGCGGAGGCAGACCCCCGUCCCGCGUCCUGCGUGCGAGUAUCCUGCCUUUGCGCCGUCUCCGGCUUUCACGUCGCCGCCCACUUCCACGUCGUCACCCGCUCUCACGUCGUCUCGCGCGUUCGCGCCGUCCCGCAUCUUCGAGGCAUCGCCAGCCUUCGCCAUACCUCCCGGUCCCGUACCGUCGCUCUCCCGCGCGGUGUUCGACGACUCGGACGACGAUGAUGUCCCCAUGCCGCCUGUUGCGUGGGUCGAGCGUACGGGUAGCCCAUGGGUCGAGCGUACAGGUAGCCCAUGGGUCGAGCGUACGGAUAGCCCGCCGCCUCACGCCUUCGAGUUCGACGUGCGGCUAACGGGCUCCGUUUCGCGUCUGGAGUGUCUUGCGUUCGUGGCGUCGUCCGCGUCCGCAUCGACCUCCAAUGCGUCGCCCGUCGCGUUCGCAUCGUCCUCCUUGUCGGCGUCAUCCUCCUUGUCGUCGUCGUCGUCGUCGUCCGCUUUCGCGUUGGACCCUACGUUCACCUCGAGCCAUGCAUUCGCGCCGCCGCAGGGAUUCGCUCCGCCCCCCGCGCUCGCGGCGCGGCGCUUCCCCGGCGUCGUGUCCGAAGACGAGGACGGUGCUUCCCCCAACGCUCACAAGUUUGAUCUCGAGGACAAGAAGCUCCAAGCCGUCGUCUUCGCAUACCUCAAGCCUGCCUCCAAAUCCAUCUUCAACAUGACCCACCCGCCGAUCACCAUCCUCCGCCCCGCGCCGGAGUUCAUGGACAAGGCGGUCGAGUGCCUCAAGAAGCGGCAGUGGGCCAACCACCUCAGGAAGCACGCGACGGGCGAGCGCUACGGGCCCGUCCUCACGGCCAACCCGCGCCCGGCGGUCGCCCGCAUCCAUCGCGACCGCGUGCAGAAGUGCAUCGUCGAGCUCGCGAAGGUCGAGUACAGGCGCACGGCGAAGCCGUGCGAGCUGAAGGCGGCGAAGGAGCGCGUGAGGGAGGCGAAGCGGCUCGCGAAGACCGCGGUCAAGAGCGCGUUCCCCCAGGCUAUCGCCGCGAUGAAGGGCGCGCGCGUGCUAGCCAGCCGGUUCGCGAAGCGCCACACCAGGGGGUGGUCGAGGCGGUGGCACGAGGACCGGGCGACGAAGCUGGAGGCAGAAAUGAAGGCCGCCAUGAAGAAGGCGCCCUCGCCCAUGCCCCGCCGCCGCACCUCCAACAAGCUGCCCCAGCGCAUCGAGAACCUGCGCGUCGAUCCGCUCGUCAGAAAGUUCGGCGCGCACCACGUCAAGUGUGCCUGCUGCCUGGAGAAGAUCGCGACCGAGGGGCGCUGGGAGUUCUACUCAGCAACCUUGUUCCACAAACACGUCUGGCUGCAUUGCGAGGGACUCAAGAGGUGGGCCACGGAGGCUCCCACCAUGGAAGAGUGGACAGAAUUGAGAGUGAAGCGCAACAGGUACGCUGAGGCUAUGCACGAUAUCUACGUGCCAGUGGCGUGCGAGACCGGCAGCUCGGAGUGUCAUUGCUACGAUUUCGGGCUGGAGUGGAAGCGUCGUAUUGAGACUCGGAAGAACCAGGCGAAGAAUCGCAACUGGCCCAGGGAGGCUGGCGAGCACGGGGAGCUGAUCCUGGUCGGCAAGCACCAGGAUGGCCAUUUCAUCCGUGAUCGCAAGUAUCCCAUGAGUUCCUUUUUUCCGCCCGUCAUCUUCUGGGGCAACUCGCCGUCGAAGCCGGACAUCUCUCAUCGCAUGCUCGCGUACUCUCACUGGUACCAGGAGCCGUUUGCUCGACUUCUUGAGCGUGAGUACUAUUGGAACGCGGACUGCGCGACCGGGAAGUACAGUGACCGCGACGGAGACUAUGGCGCCUGCUGCCUGCAGACCUACUCAGCCAAUCUCGUUCAUUUCUGCGAGCACCGACUAUCGUCCGACUGA